CAGGCAGGACCAGAUCCAGAUGGACUGGCCCCCAGCCUCUGGUAGACACACCGCCGGCUCGCCCGACAGGAGAACUUUGCGAAGCGCCCCAAAACGCUCUCGGUUUCCACUUUCAGCCAUUUCUCUCCUUCUUCCCUCACCAAGAGCGGGGACAGAGCGAGCCUUCGCCACCUGUCCCUGGCACUCGCCAAGGGAAGAUAGGCCAAUGGAAAGAGGGCAGAGGUUCACACCCCACCCCCGAACCCCAGCGCCUGGCUGCCCGGAGGUGGCUCCACAGCCCGAGGGAACCGACGCCCCCGGGCCGGCUGCCUGCUCCCCCACGGCACGGGCCCCACCCCCAAUCCUUCCGGCGCCCCAGCGCCCACCCACCCGGGCGCGGGAGUGGGAGGGUGUCGCGUGGGCAGCUGGAGCAACAGGCGUGGGAGCAGCGCUCCUCUCACUUCCUGGCUCCAGAAAGCUCGGUCGCGUCCCUCUUACCUUCCGCGAAGCCAGCCCGGGCCCCGCGCCCGGCGCCCUGCGCGCGCGAGGAAGCUGCGGCUGGGAGCCGGGGGCCGCGGAGGCGCCGAGCGCACAGCAGCGCGGGGAAGCGCCCAGCAGCCGCCGCUCGCGCGGCUCCUCCUCGCCAGCGAAGUCUCGCUCGCUGCCUCCCUCGCUUGGUCGGUUCGUGCGUCCGUCCGUCCGUGGGGCCCUCCCUCCCCCGCCGCCACUGCCGCCGCCGCCGCCGCCGCCGCUGCCGCUCCAGCCCCGGCUCGGCAACGCGUCCCCUCCCCGCCUCGCUGCUCCGAUCGCGGGCUCGCGGGCUCCCUCGCUCGCUCCCUGCCCCCGCCGCUGCCGGCGCCGCGCGGAGCGAAGCCCGGCCGGCCAAGGGCUGCCUCUCCCGAGGUCCCUCUCCCGAGGGGGGAGGCGGUGGGGGCGCGGCGCGGGCGGGGCGGGGAGGAGAGGAGAGUCCGGGGGAGGCGGCAAGGCUGCGCCCUCGGCUCCCUUCCGAUCCCCGCGGGCCCAGCGGCCCCAGGCCCGGCGGGAGAGCGCCGAGCCGCCAGGCAGCGGAGGGAGAGAGGAGGAGGACCCGGAGUCUCGCCGCGGGAGGGUGCCCAGGGCGAGGGCGUGCGAGGGGGAGUGACUCCGCGCGCGAUGGUGUGUAUGAGUGUGAGUGCUUGUGUGUGUGUGUGUGUGUGUGUGUGUGGAGAGGAGCGCGCGCGUGAGCGGGGGGUGGGGAGAUGAGGCAGAGCCUGGUGCGUCUCCCUGGCGAGUGGAGGAAUCCUAGGGUGUGCCUGGAGGUGGCGGAGUGUACCGACGCGGGUGUGAGCGCGUGUGCCGGCGAGGGUGGGCACGGGGGUGAGCGUGGCAAGGCUGGCCUGAGCAUUCGGCUGUCAGUGGGCUGGAAGGCAUGGAAGGACAGGCUCUCUGGAUAUCUGACUGUCCCUGAGCAAAGACUCUCCUAUGUGUUUGGCCCUUGCAUCCUGGAAGUGACAAUCUAUCUUCCUAUCAUGAGUGGGAUAAGGAGUCUAAGGAAGAUUCCAAAACAGUUGUUUGGAAUGGGUCCUUGACAGAUACAGGUGUUUCUUCCCCUCCCUUUGAGAUGGUGAGAGAAUGAGGGAAACAGGUACUUCAACUCUAGAAAGGGAACUUCUUCAUGUGAGACUGUGGCAUUUUCUUAUUUUCUCAGGUGGCAGAAGCAGAGAGGGGGCCCUGGAGACAGUGCAGUGGCACAGUUCACUGUGAGAAGGGUAUUCGGGCUGGGAAUGCGCCCUGAAUCUCCUAAUUUUAGAUAAUUGCCUAGGUAGAGGUCAGUCUUUCCCUCCAAAGGACUGGUCUUCAUGUACAUAAGACUCUCUUUUCUGCUUUGAAUGGGGCAUUAUGAUUUGCUGUUGCUGUGUAACAGAGCACCCCGGAACUUGGCACUGUACAAGAGUAGUUCUUUAUUUAGCUCACAGGUGUGGGUCACCUGCAGUCAGCUGGUCUCGACCAGACUUGACUGGACAGUUGGGAUACAGCUCUGUACCAUGUCUCUCUCAGCCUUCCUCUGGGACCAGUGGGGAUGUCAGAAGCACCUGAAGCUGAGCAGAGCAUACAGUGACACUUAAAACCUAGGCUCAGAACUGUCACACUGUCACAUGGCCAGUGACAAAACCAAGGGCAGGGAAGGUGUCCUCAUUUACGGGAAGAACUGCAGAGUCACAGGGCAAGGGGAAGGAAUAGACAGGGGUGAAGACAUUGGCCUAAUGACAACAAGUCUGCAGAAUCCAGAAAGAGGUCAGAAUUGGGCUUUCUCCCUUGAAGCUCUUGCAGAGGUCUCCCCCGAUACCAUUUCUGCUUGGGAUGGAUGAGAUGAUGGAAGAUGUUCUGAAGAAGGACCCAGCCAACCCAGAGUAACUUGGCCUCAUGAUUCCCUCUCCAUCUUUCCUGUGCUGGUCCAAAUGUGGGCACAGACAGAAUGGAAGGACGAGGAGUUUGCAGUGAGCCGAAUGAGUACUUCAAUCUCGUAGUGGUUAGGUCCUGAUGAGUUGUAGUUUUCAUGUCCGAAAUUUCCCCAGGAGAAUAAAGUGGCCAAAGUUAUACACGACAAGGAGCAAAAAGCAAAAACUACUCCAAUUCAGGUCACAUGACCCAUGUUACUGCUGAAUGGGAAGCAUGAGCCAGCGGGAGGAAUGAUGCUGUGUCCAGCUUCAACCGCAGAUCAUCAUGUGGAGCCGAGAUCUUGUAAAUUAUCUGAACAGAGAUUUCACAGAAGCUUGAUUAAAGAACCUGGCCUUGCCAGGACCCUGGACUUUUCAAACCAACAGAGGUCCAAAACACAGACCGUUGGGUUUCCACCCAUGCACAGCGGCUGCAAAUGCAGCUGUGGGGACAGCAACUCAGUUUUCCAAAAAUCCAUGCAUGAAACUUUCCUUUCCCAGCCCUGCAGCCUUCCCCAUCCCCCAAUUAAAUAAAUGCUUGUUGUUUUGUUCCCUGCCAUGAAGCAUAUUAUUUCACGAUGUCUCAUUUACUAGAGGUUACCAAAAGAAAGCUAAAUUGGGAUUUUGUUCGGCUGCUGAAGACUCUUCCCUAUCACCCUAACUCAUUUUCAGUGGCAUUUCAACACUUUGGUAAUGAAUUAGCUCUACCAUUUCUGGCACAAAGAAAAGAGAGUUUAAAUUAAUUUUCAGCAAGGGAUGCUAUUGGUCCAGGCAGCUUCCCUCCCACUGUGUUAACAUCAAUGUCUUGUCUCGUUAAAUGCUGAUAAACAAGUAUAACAUUCUAACAAGCCACAAAUUGGCUUAUUGACACCUCCGUCAGCUAUUGUUUGCUUCCCAAAUCCUCUGCUUUAUAGGCAUACAGAGGUUAUACAAAACAGGGGUUCUAAUGGAACAUCAGAAUGAAAAGAUGCUGCUGGCAUCUGGGUUCCCUGGCUGCUCAUUUUUGCUGUCUGACUUUUGUCUAACAAGAUGUAUUAAUUUGGCCUUUCUGCCCCCUGAGGUUCAUUUGAGGCAUAUGUAUUUUUUGGUUUCUCCACAGAGGGGCUGGGGCCAUUCCCCUUCCCAGUUCUCCACAGCUCUCUCAAGCAAAGUUUCCAUUGGCUUCUAUGCUGGGUACUCCUCACCGUGUCAGCAAGUCAGACCACUGGCGACAAAAUUGCCAGUGUAGAUGGUCGUGCGCAGUGGCUCAUGCCUGUAAUUCCAGCACUUUGGGAGUCCGAGGCAGGCAGAUCAUGAGGUCAGGAGAUCGAGAUCAUCUUGGCCAAUAUGGUGAAACCCCGUCUCUACUAAAAUACAAAACAUUAGCCAAGCAUGGUGGCACACAUUUGUGGUCCCAGUUACUUGGGAUGCUGAGGCAGGAGAAUCGCUUGAACCCAGGAGGCAGAGGUUGCAAUGAGCCAAGAUUGUGCCACUGCACUCCACCCUGGCGACAGAGCAAGACUCCAUCUAAACAAGAAAAAAAUGUCAGUAGCCCUUUAACUUGCUCACUUCACGUGUUGCUGGGACCUGAGGACACAGGACACAGGAGAGCAGGUGAUCCCUAGUGUAAUGCCCCACCAGAUUGUCAGGCCACGGAUCGACUGAAUGGCCAACCACCAAAAAUGGUUAUGGCUAUGACCAAUGGCUGGUACAUGGCACACGGUCAGGCCACUAAGGCUCCUGGCUCAACUCCUGUUUGAGAUGCCGGGAACAAAAUAGACAGCAACCUGGUCACCUGGAACUGGCUCAGAUGUCCCCAGAGGAAGGGAGUUAGAUGAGAUGACUCGUUCUUUGUUGUGAGAGCACCAUAAUAUCCCUGGUAUUCAAAAUCAAACACUAUUUUUAAAGUUCACAUUCUUGUGAAUGUACGUAGGAGAUCUCCUCUCCGUAAUUAUUCCAAGGGCAUAGCAGUGUGAUCAGUGAUCAGUAGAAUUAACAAUAGGAAAGGGAUAUGAAAAUAACAUUUCAGGCUGCCAAUCUCCAGGGAGACAGCACUCCUGCCCCUGUCCAAGCCUGCCCCUCAUGCAGCUCGGUUGGGGACAGUGCUUCACAUUCUUGCCGUUCUUUGCAGGGACAUAGAACACAAACACAAAGGAAAUGUUAUAGGACCAGCAGGUUCAAAUGCUUCGGCACAGGAACAGACCUGUCGCGCUGAGACAGCAGGGUUUGAAGCAGAGAAAGGAUUUAAUCAUUGCAGGGCAUAGAGCCAGGAGAUGGGAGGAGACCCUCAAAUCUAUCUCCCUGAGUCCUGGACUGAGGUCUUUAAGAGAAUCAUGAAGAGUAGGGGGCUGUAAAAUGUGGGUUAUUGAACCGUUGGAGCAAGGGGGAGGAAAUCCUCAGAGCAUGGAAACUGCUUUCUUUGGUGACCUAGCUUCUUGUGGAGUCCUUCAUCUGGCAUCAGUGGGGUUCUUCAGACCAGCUGGUGUCAGUAGAACGGUUAAGGGGAACUGUAAUCUUGUAACAGGGUCCACACAAUUCUAGGACAGUAGACAAACAACUCUGAGUAAGCAGGUCAGUGAGGAAGCCGACCUGAUGAUCAAUGCUGAAUACGCUGCCAGCUUGGUUCAUUUUUGUUACACCCCCCCCCCACUUCUUCCCUGGUUAGUUUUAUAAGUUUAUAGGGAUUGUUUCAGAAACAGGAAAUUAAGUUGGGUGUGUGUGUGUGUGUGUGUGUGUGUGUGUGCGCGCGUGCGCGCACGCGUGCGUGUGUAUGUCAGGCAUUGAAUGUUGAGGAGGCUAGCAUGGGGUGGGUGGAGAGAGCUGGUGAAGAACAAAGUUUGGCCCACUCAAGGUAGCUUUGAUCACGGCUUCUUUUGAAGUUUUUCUUUGCAAGUUCUUCCUCAGUGCUGUAGGGCUCCAGGGACCUCUCUCUCCUACCAACUACCCUCACUCUGUAGAUAAUCUCACUUAGUCUUCUGGCUCUAAAUAUCUGACAACUCCCAUGUUGUUUUUAUUUCCUUCCAGACCUCUUUCCUGAACUCGUACUGCUUGUCUCCAUUGGAUGAUUAAUGGAGAUCUCAGACUUAACAUGUCCCAAUGCUAGCCCCUCUGAUUUUUCCCUCUAAGUCGGCUCCUCCUACAGCCUUUCUCAUCUCAUAAGUAGCGAUGUCAUUUUUCCAGAUACUCAAGCCAAAAAUCUUGGUGUUUCCUUUGAUUCCUCUUUCUUUCAUACCCCAUAUCCAAUCCAUCAACAAAUUUUAUUGGCUACUCCUUCAAAAUAUAUGCAGACUCUAACACUUCUCACUCCUUCAGAGCCUGCUAUCCUAGCCCAUAUCACCAGUCUCUGACGUGGGCUUCCUUGGUCCACCCUUGCAUCAAUGCCUACAGUCUUCUCCAUAGCCACUCAGAGUAUCUUUUGAAAUUGUGUCUCAUCAUGUCACUGCCUGCUCAAACGCCUCAUUCAAGGAAAAGCCCAAAUCCUUAAAUGUCCUCCAAAGUCACACAAAGCCUGGCCCCGUGGCCCCCUUGGCCUCACCCCCAAUCCCUCUGCUCACUUUGUUCCUGACCGUGCUGGCCUCCUUGCCUUUUCUCAUGUUGGCCGGGCACACUUCUGCCUCACAGCCUUUGCAAUUGCUGCUCCCUCUGCAGGGAAUACUCUUCCCCUGGGUAUGGCAAGGUCCCCCACCCACCCCAACUGUUUUAGGCUUUUCACUAUAAGGCCUUCCCUGACCACCUCAUAUAAUGUUGUUCCCUCACCCCUUGAACUGACAAUGUAUUUAUCCAUUUCCUGCUUUUUUCAACAUUAAUAUGGAAAAAGAUUUCAAUUUCAAUAUUAAUUUCAUCAUAAUUUAUUAUAUAUUUGGCUGCCUUCUCCACUGGAAUAUAAGUUUCAUGAGGGUAGAAUUAUUUAAGAGGGUUGAUUCUUCCUGUUCACUACCAUAUCCCAGCAGAUAGUAAGUGCAUAAUAAUGGCCAUGAAUGACGGGACAAAUGAAUGAGUACCAUUACCCCUCUAAAUCCUUGGUAAACAUGGUGGCAUGACAGGAGGAAAGUUUCAGAGAGGGGUCCUCUGUCACCUCUUCAAAGCUAUUUCCUCAGUCCAGCACAUUCUUCCCUCUCUUGGUCUAACUCUGGUUCAUCCUUGAGGGGUGAAUUUAAAUAUCGCUUUUUUUAGCCUGGGGGUCUAAAUUAGCAAUAUUAAGUGCUUCUGUAGUUCUGAGGAAUUCUUUGCGUAGCACUUUGCAUGCUCAGGAUUUUAUAAUAAAUCAUUCAUAGCUGUUGUUUAAUGUCUGUUUUCCCUAUUAGACUGUGAGGGUCUUUGUUCACAGCUGGGUCCCCAGCACACCUGGCUCAGCACGUGUGUGUGCUCGGUUAGGAACAGUUGACAGCUGAGAGAAUACGGGACUUUAAAUGUUCAAUUAAAGCCUGAAGACAAGGUGUCGGAGGGCAGGGCCUCAUAAACAGUUAUGGAGAGGCAGACACCAUUCCAGGGAUGAGUCAAGGCCAGGCUCCCCCAGAGUUGUGAGAGGAGCCAGGGUCUCUGUUGAACCCCCACCCGCCCUCUGAGUGGACUGCCCGUUGUCAUGUGAUGGGUUCAGCUUGCAAAUCUAGCUCGCGAGAGACCCCUGUUUGCCUGCAGUCAGGAUGCACUGAUAGGUAAGGAGGGCUUUACUCAUACCCCUGACCUUGAGUUUCACAUUGGCAGGCAGUCCACGAGGGUAUUAACUAAGAGGGAAAUGAGUUCAUUUUUCACUCCGUUAAAAACCCACAUGAUUUUACAGCCAGAAGAGAUCAUUUAACCCUGUGUUCUCAUUUCACAGAAAAGAAAACUGAGGCUCAGAGAGCGGAAAUGACUUGCCUAAGGGUCACACAAAUAAUGAAUGAGAAUAAAGCUACAUAUCCAGGAACCCUGAGGCCAACAUGUGUUUUUUCCACUAUGCAGUGAUCCUGCUUUUUUAUUCUUCUUCCCCUGAAAUAAAACUUUUUUCUUAAAAAAAAAGCAAAAAAAAUGCUCAACAGGCCAGGCUCGGUGGCUCAUGCCUGGAAUCCCUGCACUUUGGGAGGCCGAGGCAGGCGGAUCAUGAGGUCAAGAGAUCGAGACCAUCUUGGCCAGCAUGGUGAAACCUUGUCUCUACUAAAAUGCAAAAAUUAGCCGGGCAUGGUGGCGCGUCUCGGGAGGCUGAGGCAGGAAAAUUGCUUGAACCCAGGAGGCGGAGGUUGCAGCGAGCUGAGAUUGUGCCACUGCACUCCAGCCUGGUGCCUGGCAACAGAGCAAGACUCUGUCUCAAAAAAAAAAAAAAAAAAAAAGCUCAACAACAACACUGAGAAAUAAAAGAGAGUAUCUUAAAAAGUAAACUUUAAAAAUGUCAUCUAAGUACAAUUUAUUGCCAUUAUGAAACUGUAAGUACAAAUUUUAAUCUUACUUGAUUUUUUCCCUUAGGCUUGAGUGAAAGAUUGCUUUUAGCUCACCCAGACUCCUUAUUUCUCAGCUUUGCAAUUCUGGACCAGGCCCAAGCUUGCCAUUUCCACACAACUUUUUGACUUAAGCCUCUGUCAGGUGUGACCAGAUCAUUUCUCACAGCUGAGCCAUGUCCUCUAGUCUUGGUCCCCCUUUCUCCCCCGCCCUUCUUUCUCUCUCUCUCCUUCUCCCUCUCGCAUUCUCAUUCUCUCUCUUCCUCCCUCUUUACAUUCCCUUCUGUUGCUCCUGACCCUGAGAUUUCCUUUUCUUCAAAGUUUCCUCCUGCUUCAUUGGCACGUCCACUAUAGAUACAUUUGGUUUUGCUUGAAAUUUGCUGGUAAUUUGAAUAUAACCAGUAAGUUUUCUCCAUGACACUUCCUUAUAGCUGCAUCUUAAACUUGGUUUAGAUACCAAACUCAAUGACCAGUAUUUACUACUGAGGAUGGUGUAAAGAGGUAAGAAACAUUGUCACUUGCCUGAUGGGCCGUUCUAGCUAGUUGGGGCACACAGACAUGGCCAGUUGAUUACAGGUCCGUGAUAUCACUUCUCACCACUCCGCUUCCGGCUUCCUGGGUCAGGCCACCUCAUCUCCUGCCUGGAUUGCACCACAGCCUCCUCACUGGCCUCCUGCUGCAGUCUUGUCUCCACCCUCCACAGUCUAUUCUCAAUAAAGCACCUGACAUGAUCUACUUAAAAUGGAAAUCUGGCCCUGCACCUCCUCAGCCUCAAGCCCUGCAAUGUGUCUUCAUUCCUCAGAGUGAAAGCUGAAGUCUUUACACCAGCCCGAGGCCCCCGUAAUCUAUCAUUUAUCGCUGCUCUGCUCUCUUUGUUAAUUCUCUGAUUUCCUUUCUAUCACUCAUUACUUUCCUAGUCUUCACCUCUGGGCUCUCUCCAUAACAAUCUCUUUGCUAUUUGCUACAAGCAGAAUAUUUGCUCACAAAUUCAUAUGUUAAAACCUAAUCCCCAGUGCGGUGGUAUUUGGGGCGUGGGGCUUUGGGGAGUUGAUUAAUCACGAAGGCUCUGGGUCCUGAUGAGAUUAGUGCCCGUAUAAAAGAGGUCCCAGAGAGCUCCUUCGCUCCUUCCACCAUGUGAGGAAGGACACAGCAAACAGACGGUCAUCUAUGAACUAGGAAGUGGUCCCUCACCAGAUACAGGAUCUGCCAGGACCUUGAUCUUGAACUUCCCAGCCUCUAGAACCAUGAGAAAUAAAUUUUUGUUGUUUAUAAGUCACCGUCACCCAGCCUAUGAUAUUUUGUUCUCAUAGUUCAAAUGAACAAAACCAUGAUUCUCCAGCACACCAGACACCCCAGCUUUAGGACCAACAGGUCGUUUCCUGAUAACCCCCCUCCCCUCCUUCAGGCCGUUGCUCCAGUCACACUGCCUCAUCCUGUACUCUCAUUCACCUUAAGCUGCUCUAUCUUUUUUUUCCACUGGACUUACCACCUUCUAGCCGUCAGUAAAAUCUACAUAUUUAUGAUGUUUACUGUUGCUUGUCUCUCUUCCCAGCUGUGAUGUUAACUCUCUGACCUUAGGGAUCUAUUUUGUUCCCUUUUGUUCCCCAACACUAGGACAGUGCCUGGCACAGAGCAGGUACCCAAGAAAUACCUGUUGAAUGGGAUUGUUCCAUUACUUGAUCCUGGUAGUAGCUGACAGUUUUCGAGAACUUACUUUGUGCCAGGCACGGUUUUAAGCUUUGUAGAUGUAUGAACUCACUUAACAGAUAGUAAGUGCUAAGCUGUGACUGUUUUAAUCCCCUCUAAGCUGUGAAAUGCUACUUUCUGGUUUUGCAAGUGAUUCUCAGCUGGGUAAAACUUGUCACUCAGGACAAGGUGAUGGGGGAGGGGGCUAAAAGGAGAAGGAGAGGGACUAAAGGGAGAAGAGGGAGUUAAAAGGAGAAAGGAGGGUAAGUGUAGUUUGAAAUGCUGAUCCAGUAAGCCAAGUGUUCUUAUAAUACAAACUGCAGAAAUUCAGCUUUAAAAUAUUCUACUCUACCAGCUGGUUUAGGACAAGGUGGGGAGAAUAAACAAGUAAACUAAAAAAGAAUUAUAGGGGGCUUGAAUGAAAAUGGGGUCCUGCCAUGUAGCAUGCACAUUGUAGGUAAACAGAAGCACAAAGUUUAAGAGGGUUGACAAGACACGGUUGAUGUUUUUCUGUGGUGCUCACUGUUAACAGAACAUUGAAGCUUACGCUGGAGCUAGACUUUAAAAUAUACAUAUAAUCUGAGCUUUCUGAGGCUCUCUAGCCCAUGGCUCUCAUUCAUGGCAAUAGCUCUUAUUUCUCAGGUUCUUACCUCUGCCUGCCCACCCAAGGCCCUGGCCCGUAUGUACUCCCUGGUAUGGCUGGAAAAAGCCCUGAGUUGUGGGCUUUUUCUUGAGUGGAGUGGGAUGGGGAGAGCCUCGCACGAGAUAAAAUUGGUCACGUGGGUGCUGCUGUGCCCAAAGAGCUGUGCUGUCCAGUAGGAAGUUCACAUGGGGCUACUGGGCCAUUGACAUGCAGCUAAUCUACACUGAGACACACCAUAGUGUAAAAUGCUCACCGGAUUUCAAAGGCAGUACAAAAAAUGCAAAGUGUCUCAGUACUAUGUUUUUCAUACUGAUUACAUAUUGACUUGAUAAUAUUUUGGAUACUGAGAUUAGUUUUUUGUUUGUUUUGCCUUUUCCAAUGUGGCUACUAGAAAAUUUAAAGUUAUAUCUGUGGUUUGCACUUGUGGCAGGCAUUAUAUUUCUGUAUUUCUGCAUACAGUGUUACCAUAGAUGCUGCCCUUUCUCCUGGGCACCACUGGACCAGUGCCCACCCUUGCUGCCACACCUUCUUCAGAUUGCUAGAUGUCUCUCACUUCUGUCUGGUGGGGUCUCUGUUCCCGUAGUAGGUCCUGUACCAGGCACAGCCACCAAGCCUACGUGAUAUUCCUAACAUCACACAGUGAUGGUGGUACUCUACCACUAACAUCCUUGAGUUCUCAGUGUCUCAGAGAGGCCCAGUGCUCUGUGACAAGGUGAGAGAGAGUACCUCCCUCCCUCUUCAUUUUCCUGUUAAAGGGGUCCCAGAGUAGAGAAAGCUAUUUGUGCUCUAAUAUUUUAGAGUACAUUGAAAGCUUUUUCUUUUUUAAAUUUACUGUAAUUUCUGCAGGAAAAAUGGAGGUUGCCUAGUGUCCGGUUUUUGUUUUGUUAUCUAUUUAUAAUUUGAUUUGGUUUGAUUACUUACCCUUAAAAUCAACUUUAUUAAGGUAUAAUUUGCAUACAAUAGAAUGUAUUCAUUUUAAGUGCAUAGUUUGAUGAGUUUUGACAAAUGACAAACCUGUAUAACAGCACCUUAAUUAAUCAAGAUAUAGAAGUUUUUCAUUAUUCCAAAAAGUCUCCUUGUGCCAGAGAAGAUUUGAGGGCCAACUUGAAGCUGUAUUCAGAAAUGGACCUUCUCAUAACUUCAGUUCUCUUCAGGGCCUGCUUCUCUUGCCCUGAAGGAUGAUUCUCAGCAGGGAGGAUCCUCCAGCCCUCCUCUGUUCAGGGCAGGAGCCUCUACCAGCUCCACACAGACAAAGGAACUCACUUAACAGAUAGUCCCUGCUAAACUGUGACUGUUAAUCCCUUGUAAGAUGUGAAAUGCUACUUUCUGGUUUUGCAAGUGACUCUCACCCAGGUGAAGCCUGAUAGUUCUCCAAACUUUCUGAAUCCUGGCCCAGCACAAGCCCCUGCAACACAGACUAAAGGCUUUUGUUUUGUUUUUCCUUUGGUUUCUUGAAAUACAAAGUGACAUUGACACGCCAAUCAACUUAAGGAAGCUUUAAGGAGGAGGAGGUGGUGUGUGUGUCUGUGUGUGUGUAUGUGUGUGUGUCUGUGUGUGUGUCUGUGUGUAUGUGUGUGUGUAUGUGUGUGUAUGUGUCUGUGUGUAUGUGUGUGUAUGUGUGUAUGUGUGUGUAUGUGUCUGUGUAUGUGUGUGUAUGUGUCUGUGUGUAUGUGUGUGUAUGUGUGUAUGUGUCUGUGUGUGUCUGUGUGUGUCUGUGUGUAUGUGUCUGUGUGUGUGUAUGUGUGUGUCUGUGUGUAUGUGUCUGUGUGUAUGUGUCUGUAUGUAUGUGUGUGUAUGUGUGUGUAUGUGUCUGUGUGUGUAUGUGUGUGUAUGUGUCUGUGUGUAUGUGUCUGUGUGUAUGUGUGUGUAUGUGUGUGUAUGUGUCUGUGUGUAUGUGUGUGUAUGUGUGUAUAUGUGUCUGUGUGUAUGUGUGUGUGUGUGUCUGUGUGUAUGUGUCUCUGUGUAUGUGUGUGUAUGUCUGUGUGUAUGUGUGUAUGUGUGUAUGUGUCUGUGUGUGUAUGUGUGUGUGUAUGUGUGUGUAUGUGUCUGUGUGUAUGUGUCUGUGUGUAUGUGUAUGUAUGUGUCUGUGUGUAUGUGUGUGUGUAUGUGUGUGUAUUUGUGUGUAUGUGUGUGUGUUUGUGUGUAUGUGUGUGUUUGUGUGUAUGUGUGUGUGUAUGUGUGUGUUUGUGUGUGUAUGUGUGUGUGUGUAUGUGUCUGUGUGUAUGUGUGUGUAUGUGUCUGUGUGUAUGUGUGUGUGUGUAUGUGUGUGUGUAUGUGUCUGUGUGUAUGUGUGUGUAUGUGUGUGUGUGUGUGUGUGUGUGUUUUAAUCAGCACCGAAUAAAUGGAAGAGCCAUAGUUGGAAGGUCUGAGAGACAGCAGUAACAGUCCAGGACCCUGCAUGAUCUGGCACCCGCAGGCGUCUUCAAUCUCACCCCCGCGACUUUGUCCUCCCUUACUAUAUUCCUAGUUACACUGGAUCUUUUUCCAGUUCUUCAACUGUCAGCAUCAUCACUUCCCCAGGACCUUUGCACAAGCCAUUCCUACUGGCGGAAAACUCUUUGUCCUCUGUGGGCUUACUUGACUCCUUCUUAGCCUUCAGGUCUCAGCUUCGACGGCACUACCUCACAGAGGACUUCUCACAUCACCAAUCUACAUGUAGGUCCCUCGUGUUAUUCAUUUUUUGUUUAGCAUUUAUCCUAGUUUAGUAUAUAUUAAUUUUCUUGUUGCGUGUUUAAUAUCUGUCACUCAGACUUGACCUUUAUGAAAGUAGAAACUGUUUUAUGUUUUUAUAUUAUAUUAUUUGUUCAUAAUUCUUCCUUCUUUCCCUAUGCUUGCAUGGCUUAACUGUGAGAGGAGAAUUCUCUUCCCUGUCUCAUUGACUUUCAGCUUGGCCCUGUGACUUCCUUUGUCUAAUACGGUAUGUUAGUAGAAGUAAACUACACCCGACCAGAGGUUUUAAAACAUGCUCAUGUGGUUUGGCUUGAUUUCCUGAAGAGAUUUCUCCCCUCCCUACAUAGCUGUCUCUUCUUCCUGUGACCUGAAAUGAAGACCUGAAAAACAGACCGGAACCCAAUCCUGAAUCCUGGAGAAAAGCCAUCCCAGCCAACCUGUAGCUCUGUGAGCAAGAAAAACAGAUGCUCAUUGUUGAUAGUUACUGCUAUCUGGGGGUUCUUUCUUCCGCAGCAUUGUUGCAGCAACAGCUGACUGCUACAUGGGCCUACUGCAUAAAAGGCACUCUGUAAAUAUUUGCUGAAUGAAUGAAACAUUUUCCUUUGGAGAAAGUCAAAAGGUGGAGAGUGCAAAGAGUUUAUCAUGGAGACAUUCAAAUCUCAUAUGCAAGAAGAAAAUAGAGAAGGGCUAAAGCCUAGUAAGAGAGAAGAGCUCCAAGAUUCUUUAGGACAAAUCUCAGGGAGCUUCAGAUUUGGCAAAACCACACCAGGAUUUAAGGGGUCCCAACCAAAGCUCUAGACAGAUAAGACAUAUUUGGAACAUAGAACACUGAGCCAGGUAUUAAGAUUUAGGCAUAGAAUCUUGAAAGCGCAGAACCAUAAAACAUGAACAGAUCCAGUCCAGCAGAGAAGAGCAAAUUACCUGCCGUCAGCUAUUUGAGGACAGAGUGGAGAUAAUUUUCCACAUAUAUAUAUAUAUAUAUGUAUAUAUUGGUCCCGGUGCCCUUUCCACAACUCUGUGUUGAUUCUAAUGAAAUCUGAUGAAGGAAAAGAGGAAGGGGCAUAUGUGGGAUGGCAUGACAGUUCAAAUGAAGAUCAAAACUGAGGAAUAUCACCUUGAGUCACUCCCAACAAUACUUCCAUGAGGAGAGGGCUGUGGGGCAGGCACUGAGGACUGGAGCAAGGGUCCUGUGGUUUGAAUCUUAAAUCAUCCCUUUAAAACAGGGCAAGGUACAGAGGUCCUUCUUCUUUUUUUUUUUUUUUUUUUUGAGACGGAGUUUCGCUUUUUCACCCAGGCUGGAGUGCAAUGGCGCGAUAUUGGCUCAUCAUAACCUCCGCCUCCUGGGUUCAGGCAAUUCUCCUGCCUCAGCCUCCCGAGUAGCUGGGAUUACAGGCAUGCGCCACCAUGCCCAGCUAAUUUUUUGUAUUUUUAGUAGAGACGGGGUUUCACCAUGUUGACCAGGAUGGUCUCGAUCUCUUGACCUCGUGAUCCACCCGCCUCGGCCUUCCAGAGUUCUGGGAUUACAGGCUUGAGGUACUGAGGUCCGUCUAAAGACCCAGUUGCAUUGACUCAAGCCUGUAUAUGCUCAGAUUUUUAGGAAACCAAGUCUCCUGCAUGGACCAAUCCCAUUCUUACUCACUCCUGCAUCCCCACCCAAUAAGCAUUCAGGCUGGGUUCAGGGCAUUUCAUUGGUGCAACUCAAAGAUACUCCUUUCUUUUUCAGAAACUGAUUCUUCUUCCUUCAGGCAGCACGGCGCUCUUCCUGCGAAAGAGGAGGCCAUCCCCUUACCUGCUGCUGCUGCUGCUGCUGUUCUCCUUAGCACUUGCCAGACUGUCUGGCUGCACACUGGAUAUGCUUAUUCACCAACAACCUUGUCAAAUGUUCUCAAGAAAGGCCAUGGCUGAGGGAAGGAAAAAAUAUAUGUAUUUAAAUAUUUUGUCACUUUCCUAGGCUCUUCAGAGCCUGGGAUCCCAAGGGGCCCAGCAGUGCCUUAGAGUUAAACUUUUCCCAUUUUCAGCCUGUCACUGUUAGCUCAUCCUCCUUUCCUCACACUCCUCCCACCCUCCACCACACAUUCCUCUUGCCAGAGGCCUGGAGAAAGAAUAUGCCAAUGGAGAAUACCAGGGUUAAAGAAAUUUGGCAUCUUGCUCAA